AUGCCUGCCCGUACCGUUACCCGCCCAGUCCUGCAAACCCUCGCCCGCCAGCUCCAACAGCAAGGCAUCCAACAGCAGCGGCCGCAACCAUUCUCCAUCAUGCACAACCUGCGCGCCAUCGCCCGCUCCUUCGAGCCGCACCCCUUCCAGCGCCUCCCCGUGGCCAGCAGCCCGGCACCGGCCGACUGGGCCCGUUUGGUACGGAGAGCCGGGGGCCAGGCUGUUGUGUUCUUUCCCGCCGGCCUUCUAAUGCUCGGGUGGCCAUACGCCGCCGCCGCCGUGCUCGACGGGAAGAUAUAA